AGGGGGAGAGACGAUAGGAGCAGCUGCAGCUCAGAUGUGAUGCUGAGGAGAGUAAAGUGGAAGAGGGAUGAAGACUGGAAGAUAGAGGGAGGGGUGUGCGCACACAGGGCUCAGUGGGGAGAUGGAUACGGCUGUGCAGAGAGGUGGUGGGAGUUGCACAAACAGUAAAACAACCAGCCGCGGCUCGUGCAUCGGGGCGUAGGAUGCAGCUGUGGUCUGCCGAAGAAACACGGGGAUUUAUUCAGAACUAACUGAGAGGAGAGGACGACUUGACACGUGGGACACAAAGAGGGGCGGGAGACUACGGCGGGAACAAAGGAUAAGGCUGCAGAGGGGAUAGAGUGAAAGAAGAAAAGCCACAAGAUAGGUGGGCAAACGUCAAAGCAGUGCUGUCAACCUCCGUCUGUUGAUCCGCAAUGACUGUCCAGCUGAAUGAGCUUCUCCUCAUCUGCCUUACCGUCACACAGGGUGGUUGCAUGUUCCCUAACAACCACUGGGGUGAAUGGAACGGCUCUCAGCUUCAGCCCACCAUUCAGAGACUCAUGAAGGGAUACAACCGCUACCUAAGGCCUAAUUUCAACGAAGGUCCUGUGGAGAUUGGAAUGAGUCUGGAUAUCGCCAGCAUUGAUGCCAUCUCUGAAAUAAAUAUGGACUACACAGCGACCAUCUUUCUCCGUCAGCGGUGGCGCGACUCCAGGCUGGUGUUUCCCGGGAACGAGAGCGUGAGCGUGGAUGGGCGGCUGGUGUCGUUGCUUUGGAUCCCGGACACCUUCAUCCCGGACUCAAAGCGCUCCUUCCUUCACGACGUGACGGUGGAGAACCGCCUCAUCCGCAUCUUCAGCAACGGCACCGUUCUUUACGCACUCCGCAUCACGGCUACAAUUGCCUGCAACAUGGACCUGACCAAAUACCCCAUGGACAAACAGGUGUGCACCCUGCAGCUGGAGAGCUGGGGCUACAACAUACAGGACGUGGUGUUCUACUGGACAAGAGGGAACGAUUCUGUGAAGGGUUUGGACACCUUGCGGCUGGCUCAGUACAGCGUGGAGAGCUACUACACCUCGGUGACGGAGGCUGUGUACGAAACAGGUCAUUACCCCAAGCUGGUGCUGCAUUUUUCCCUGCGCAGAAAUGUCUUGUUCUUUAUCUUGGAGACGUAUGUCCCCUCCAUUCUGCUUGUGGUUCUCUCCUGGGUCUCUUUCUGGAUCAGCCAAUCAUCUGUGCCAGCCCGAACGUGCAUCGGAGUGACCACCGUCCUGACCAUGACCACUCUCAUGAUGGGGGCCCGCACAUCCCUGCCAAAUGCUAACUGCUUCAUAAAGGCCAUAGAUGUUUACUUGGGCAUCUGCUUCACCUUCAUCUUCGGUGCCCUGUUGGAAUAUGCCUGUGCUCAUUUUUACACAAUGCAGCAUCAAACCAUCGAGGAUCUACACAGAGAGCUUUUGAGGGAGUUUGCCGAGUCCAAUGGAAACGGCCUGGUGCCAAUCGUCAACUCCAGCCAACCGAACCGGUCCGUAGAGGUGGGCACCACUGCAGAGGAGCCGGCUGAGGAGCCAGCGAAGAGCGACACCAAGAACCCCGCGGCUUCGACGGAAAAAGCGCAGAGUCAGGGCUGCGGCUUGUCGUCUGUGAAAGACGCCUCACGCAGAGCAGCCGCUGUCUUCAUUGUGGAAAAUCCACACAACAUCGAUCGCCACGCCCGUACCGCUUUCCCCACAGCGUUCCUCUUUGUCAAUAUCCUGUAUUGGCUCUAUUAUCUCUUUCUCUGAAUGCUGAUUAGCAGCAGGCUGCAGCAUAGAUCGCGCCACUGCCCUGAAGCCGUCCUACCUCCUCGUUAGCCAGCGGCUGGACCUGGACAUGUCUGAUGAAACUUUUUUUUUUUUUUUUCUUGCAGCACCCAGAUAAAACCUGUUUUAGGGGCUGCAAAUAAUAAGAAGCGGUUAGUCAGGACUGUGCUUUCUGCUAAAAAAAAAAAAGUUGGUGUUAAUUGCAAGUAAAUGAACGGCUCUGCACAUUUUAAGCAUGAGGGCUUGAUGAUUAAAAACCAUGCGUGUCACAGUGCUUUCAAAAGUAUUCAUACUGACUAAACCUUUCCAAGUCUUAGGCUACAACCACAAACUUCACUGUUUUGUUGGGAUUUCGUGUGACAUACCAGUCAAAUGAGCUGCACAGCUGAGGGAAAUAAAAACCCUGAUUGAAGGUGAAUAUUUUACCAAAUGCUUUGCAUCUGUGUGUAUUCAGCCCCUCUUGAUCAAUACCUUGUAGAACCACUUUUGAGCACAAUUAUUACUGCAAGUAUUUAUCUCUCUAUUGGAUUUGCACAUCGAGGGACUGACUUUUUUUUUUUUAUAAUUUUGGCUGUCUGUUUGGAAUCCUGCUGUCCCGGUCGUUAGUGUUUCACAACCUCUAACACAGGGGUCUCAAACUCCAGUCCUCGAGGGCCGCAGUCCUGCAGUUUUUAGAUGUGCCACAGGUACAAAACACUGGAAUGAAAUGACUUGAUGACCUCCUCC